CAACUCGAGAACCAGAAUGGCGCUAAAAGCGGCCUCGACCGCGUAUCUUAUCACUAGCACCCCUGGAUUUAGAACCCAAGCUUCAGGGCCAAUCCUACUAGGCCAAUGGGCUGGGAAGGGGCCCACCCGUAGCGGCCCAGCUGCCCAGCACAGACAGGAACCAAAUAAACCCCCGGCGCGGCACUUGGACCAGACACAACACCAAGAGAUCCACACCUACCCUGCCACCGCGUGCCCACAGCCCACUCCCGCCCUCUCUGCAGAUCCUCACCGACACUGUGACCCGCUCGCCUCGCUCCCUUGUGCGACCCCGGCUCCCGACGCGGCCUGUCCUGCCCUCCCCUCCCCUCUCGGAGGAAGACUGUGAAGAAGAAACAAAGAAAUUUUCGGCCCCCCCCCGGAAAGGAAACCUGCCCUCGAAAUAAUGCGACUCUCCAAGCUGUAGUCAAGCCUGCGCAGGUCGAGCAGCCCGGACACCCACCACGCCCACCAGCACGCCCACCAGCACCAGCACCAGCACCAGCCCACGACGACGACGCCCACGCCCACCCCCAGAGACAUGCCCACCAUCUUCUCCUUCGAGCAGGGCAACGAGCAGCGAUCACACUACCCGACCGACUCGUCGCCCCUGCUGGGCCGCUUCCGCGCCGUCCCGCGCACCGACACGCGCCCCGGCAACAGGCGCGGCAGCCUCGGCCUGCUCUCGCGCGCCUCGUGGCGCGGCAGCGUGCACGUCGGCUAUGGCGCCACUGCGCUGCUGACGGCCGGCCUGGGGGACGACGAUGAAGAAUCCGACGAGUCCGGCGAGUCCGACGACGACGGCAACUAUGACGACGGCAACGGCAACGGCGCGGGCGAGGGGUGCGGCGGCGCAGAGGCCGGGAGGCGGAGGAGGAAGAGGCUCGCCGCAUGGUGCAGGCGGAGGUGGAAGAGGAUGGACGACCUGUGGAUCAACCCCAAGCAGGGCGCCGUGAGGCGGGUCGCUGGCGUGUGGUACUCGCGCUGGUUCGUGCUGGUGGUGCUCCCCGCCGCCCUGGCCGUGGGGUGGUGUGCGAUCCCGUUCCCGCAGUAUCCACUCCGGGACAGCCCAGACGACGGGGGCGGGGCCGGGGGCGGUAACGAGGGCUCCAGCCCUGGGGGCCGCAAGCCGCGGGGCCACGGCAGGGCCAAGGCCGAGGUCAACUUCUGGUUCUUCCUCUUCGUGUACUACGCCUUCUACAACCUGACGGCCCUGGCGUGGAUCACCAAGGUGUUCAACCUGUACAGCCUGAACUGGUGGCCGUCGACGCUGGGGUUCCCCAUCACCAUCUGCAUCAUCGCCAUCCUGGGCACCGCCGGGCCCAUCGCGCUCUACUACGUCCCAGAGGCCGGGUUCCUGAUGGGCCACAACACGGUCUGGAUCACCUGGACCUUCUGCAUCAUGGCCAUGCCCGUGGUCAUCGCGAGCUUCAUCCUCCUCACGAGGGAGCGCCGCCACAUGGGGCUGCGGAACUCGCUGUCCGAGACGCAGAGGAUAUUCACGUCCUCGUGGUGGGCAAGCGAGGACGACCUGAACUCGCCCGCGCUCAGGCCCAACGGCCGGCGGCGCCCGGACCAGCGCCUGUGGGACGAGAACGACGGCGGGCUCAACAUCGGUGCCGUUCCUGCCCUCCAGGCUGCCCCGAGCCGCCGGAUCCCCGUCCGGCUCAAGCCGCGCUUCUUCCCCGCCUCGUUCGUGCGCUUCGUCUGGUUCUGUACGGCAUUGUUUAUCGGACUGCUUGCGCUCGUGAUAGGGGAGGCGUACGCCGAGGUGUACCUCAGGACAUUGCCGCACAACAGCUUGGACACGAUAGUGUACGUGUACGGUUGGAUCUCGACUGUGUAUCUCCUGGACGGUUUGACGGGGUGGAUAUUAGGGGGGAACCAGGGCGAAAGGGUGGGGAGCUACCCUUUGAGUUGGGUUUUCAAACUCUACUUCAUGCUAACAUAUCAAACCUACGUCCGCGCGCUGUAUGCCCGACUCCGCUCCCCGAGCCAGUUCAUUCUGCUGCAGAUCCUCUCCUCGUCCGGGCUCAUCAUCCUCACGCCCAUCCUUCUCUCCGCGCCGGUCCACUGGCUCCUGACGGCCAUCGGCAUGAACGGUCAGUCGUACGCCGCCUACCAGAAAGUCGGAGUCCGUAACGUGUUCAUCCGGUUCGUUGCCGAGAACGCGUCGAUGCUCUGCUUCCUGGGCAGCGUCGCGACUCUGCAUUUCGGCGCCAACAAGGCCGUCUACCCCUACUUCAGCUUCGACGAGGGCGACUCUACCGUCAGCGGGGACCCCUACGACUACACCUUCGAGCUGACCUUCUACGCCUCGGCCGUGACGUGGGCCUGCGAGCUCGUCGCAAGCUGCAUCGUGGCCGGCCUGAUCAAGUGGAUCUACGGCGUGAAUGUGGUCACCGAGGGGAGCUUGGACCUCGCCGUCUGGCCGGAGCUGCUGCCGACCAGCGUGGUCGUCGUACUGCAUGUGCUGCAGAACAUGCUGUUCUCGAUUGUGAGGCUGCAGUUCCGCUGACGCAGGUUUGAUUACGCGGGGACUGCCUGGCACAUCUGAACCAGAAUUGUGCGACAGAAAUGUCCUGGCCCUUUUUCGGGUGGGAGCGCCUGGGCAGGCCGGCAGCGCGGAACGGGCUCCAUUGCACACGAUUACAUGGAGCUGACGGCCAGGGUCGCGGAAGCGGGAGCUAAAUGUUUUCUUGUCACACGUUGUUCUUCAUUUCCUUGUGGCUCCAACUUGUGCUGUCAUACGAUGACACAGUGGAAGGGGCAGGCAGACAGGACGGCAGGCAUUCAGGUUCGCAUAAUGAUACCCCGGAGUGGCUCUGCUUUUCCACGUUAAAUAGUUUGUGCUUACUUGGAGUUGUGUCUUUCCCAACCAUAGAAGUAUAGAUGUGUGUACGUACCCCUGCGCUUGUGCCGUCCGGUAACGUGUGCUGUUUACUGCUGCAACCAGACGCGAGCGCAUGUCGACGGAAGAGUACUCAAGUACGCAGGAGAUUAGGGCCUACUGUGCAUCGAUCCCGAUUUAGUUUCCUGCAGCGGAGAACCAUGGCCUGGUGUCUAGACGUGUAUUUGACAGCAUGGUUCCGAGGUUGCCGUGUAUGCAUCGACCGCUCUGGGCUGGGACAACCUCUUGCUGACCGAUGACGGGGUCGGUGUCCCGAGAUAGGCAUACCGGGCCAUGGCCGUUGCUGUGGCUCUUCGGCCGCUAAGACCGAAAGACCCCACCCCGGCCGAAGUGUCAUUAAGAAAAAGUGAGGGAGGAGCACUGGUUGCACGCCGAUGUCUCAUCGCACAUCACAAAUGACAGAGAUUUGCCAGAGUCUGGCCCAAGUGUGGCAGAUCCGGGCGGCCUGCAGCUACUGUGUAUGGUCCAACAUCAAGCAAUCUGCCGCCUGGAAACGUCAGGCUGGGCCUUGGCUGAUUGCUGCAACAUUAGUCCCAUGGGACAGUGAAUCCUGUCGGCAAGCGUACCCAUUGUGUAGCUAGGAUAUGCACAUAUGACAUAACAACC